GGCGUGCGGCGGUGGGCGGGGCUAAGCGGCAAUGGCGCUGCGCGGGGCCAUGAGCGCGGCACGGGGCCGGUGGGCUCGCUCCCUGAGCUCGGCGCUGGCCCUGGGGGCCACCGACACCAUUUUCGCGGUGUCCUCGGGCCGGGCUCCGUGCGGGGUUGCCGUGAUCCGGACCAGCGGCCCCGGCAGCCGGGGGGUCCUGCAGAGCCUCACCGGGACCCCCGAACUGCCCCCGGCCCGGGUCCUGACCCUGCGGCGCAUCCGGGACCCCCGAACCGCCGAGAGCCUGGACCGGGGACUGGUGGUGUGGUUCCCAGGGCCCCGCAGCUUCACGGGCGAGGAUUGCGCAGAGCUGCACCUGCACGGGGGCACGGCCGUGGUCAGCGCGGUGCUGCAGGCGCUGGGCUCGCUGCCGGGGCUGCGUCCGGCCGAGCGUGGCGAGUUCACGCUCCGCGCGUUCCGCCGGGGGAAGCUGGACCUGACGGGGGCCGAGGGCUUGCGGGACCUGAUCGGGGCCGAGACGGCGGCGCAGCGGCGCCAGGCCCUGCGGCAAGCGGAGGGCGAGCUGGGCCAGCUGCUGCAGCGCUGGAGCCGCACCCUCACUCAGGCGCUCGCCCACCUCGAGGCCUUCAUCGAUUUUGGCGAGGAUGAGGAUGUGGAGGAGGAGGUUCUGUCCCGAGUCUCGGUGUCGGUGCGGGAGCUGGAGCGGGAGAUCCGGGCUCAGCUGCGGGACGGGCGCCGGGGCGAGCGGCUCCGGGCCGGGGUCCGGGCGGUCAUCGCCGGCCCCCCGAACGUGGGCAAGAGCAGCCUGUUCAACCUGCUCUGCCAGCGGCCGGCUGCCAUCGUGUCCCCUCACGCUGGCACCACUCGGGACGUUCUGGAGGUGCCUCUGGACAUCGGGGGGUUCCCGCUGGUGCUCAGCGACACCGCGGGGCUCCGUCACACCACCGACCCCGUGGAGCGCCAGGGCGUCACCCGAGCGCGGGCCCGGUUGGCUCAGGCUGAUCUGGUGUUGGCGGUGUUGGAUGUCACGGCGGUGGCUCCGGCCGCGCUGGCCGAGGCUUUGGCCACCCUGGAGGUGCCGCCGGGAGUGCCCUGCGUGGUGGUGCUCAACAAGGCUGACCUGAUCCGGGGGUCCCCGAGUGUCCCCCGGGGGUCCCCGAGUGUCCCCAGCUGUCCCCAGGGUCCCCCCGGGGUCCCCACCGCUCUCCUGUCCUGCAAGACGGGCCAGGGGCUGCAGGAGCUGCUGGAGCUGCUGGAGAAACAGCUGGAGCAGCUGUGUGGGGAUCCCCUUUUGGGCUCUCCCAGCCUGACCCAGAGCAGGCACAGCCGCCACCUCCGGGCCUGCGCGGCGGCUCUGGCGCGCUUCAGCUGCGGUGACACCGGGGACAUCGGGGACACCGGGGACACCGGAGACACCGGGGACAUCGGUGACACCAGGGGCAUCAGGAACACCGGGCACAUCGGGGACAUCGGGGACAUUGGGGACACCGGAGACAUCGGGGACACCGGAGACAUCGGGGACACCAGAGACACCGGGGACACCAGGAACAUUGGGGACACCGGGGACACCGGGGACAUCGGAGACAUCGGGGACAUUGGAGACACCGGGGACAUCGGGGACACCAGAGACACCAGGGGCAUCAGGAACAUCGGGGUCACUGGUGACACUGGGGGCAUCAGGGACAUUGGGGACACCAGUGACACCAGGGACAUUGGGGACACCAGGAACACCAGUGACACCGGUGGCACCAGGGCCAUCAGGGACACCGGUGACACCAGGAACAUUGGUGACACCGGUGGCACCAGGGCGAUCGGGGACACCAGGAACAUUGGGGACACCAGGGACAUUGGUGACACUGGUGCCACCAGGCCCAUCAGGGACAUUGGUGACACUGGUGCCACCAGGGACAUUGGUGCCAGCGGUGUCACCAGGCCGAUCAGAGACAUUGGUGACACCAGGAACAUUGGUGACACCGGUGGCACCAGGCCCACCAGGGACAUUGGUGCCAGCGGUGUCACCAGGCCGAUCAGGGACAUUGGUGCCACCAGGGACAUUGGUGACACCAGUGCCACCAGGCCGAUCAGGGACAUUGGGGACACCAGGAACAUUGGUGACACUGGUGCCACCAGGGACAUUGGUGCCACCGGUGUCACCAGGCCGAUCAGGGACAUUGGUGACACCAGGGACAUUGGUGACACCGGUGACACCAGGGACAUUGGUGCCACCGGUGUCACCAGGCCGAUCAGGGACAUUGGUGCCACCAGGAACAUUGGUGACACUGGUGGCACCAGGCCCAUCAGGGACGUGGCGCUGGCAGCGGAGCAGCUGCGGCUGGCGCGGCGGGAGCUGGGCAGGAUCACCGGGCACGUGGGGGCCGAGGAUGUCCUGGAGAUCAUUUUUCGGGAUUUCUGCGUCGGGAAGUGACGGUGGCACUUUGUGGGGACCGCGGUGUCACCGGGAUUAAACUGCGGUGACUUUGGUGGC